AUGACAUUAAUAUCGGCGUUCAGGCCUAGGUCAACCAGAUCGUCUACCUUACGGCAACGAUCAAAAAAGGCUCGCCGGCGUCGUCAAACAGAUCAAUCAGAUGCCUCCGAGCCGGCUGAUGAACAAGAUCCAGAUGCCCACUCGAUAAUCACCCCGUCGAAGCACACUCCAAGGCCGUGGCGCAUCUUGAAAGGAUCCGUUGCUACGGGCGGUCCCCUGCGGCCGUUUCGUCUCCUUAAACAAGAUAUCCUCAAUCUUCGGAGACGAUAUGUCUCUGACUGGUCAACCUUCAAUCAGCAAAUACUAGCCUCAGCCAUCUUCGUCUUCUUCACUAAUCUUCUCCCUGGGAUCACAUUCGCAAGUGAUCUCUACGUUUUGACGGGUGCUAACUGGGGAACCAUUGAAGUAGUGCUGAGCACCGGACUUUGUGGUAUAAUAUUUUCCUUGACAUCAAUCCAGCCACUAACCAUCCUUGGUGUAACUGGCCCUUUUUCUGUCCUGGGAGAGACGAUAUACUCUCUAUCCCAAGAUUCCUUCAAAAUACCUUUCUUGCCAUUCAUGGCUUGGUCCCUGAUACAUGCUGGGUGGCUUCAUUACCUACUAGCUAUAGUCAACGCACAUGACUGGACAAUGCGCUAUGUUACGACAUUUUCAACUGAGAUUUUCUCUCUAUUGAACAGCGUAAUUUAUUUCCAUAAAGCUAUUCAAGAGCUUCAAAGAGCUCAUGAAAGUUUGUCGUUUGCCGCCUUCCUUUAUGCUAUAAUCGGCGCUAUUGGAACCAUGCUUUUGGCUAUAUUUCUGUCCACAGCUGAGAGCUGGCAACCACUUUUUCAUCGUUAUGUCCGUGUUGGGCUUGCAGAGUAUGCUGCUGCAAUAUCGAUCAUUAUCUUUAUUGCAAUGCCUCAUUUUGGAGAAUUAGCACAUCUAGAUAAGAUGACACUUAACGUCAGUAACUCUUUUCAGCCAACGUCCCCAGAUCGCGAUACCUUCUUUGUUGAAUUCUGGAAACUGCCUGUCGGUUGGAUAUUUGCAGCCGUUGUGCCUGGUAUCAUCAUUACAGUGCUCUUCUUUUUUGAUCACGAGGUCAGCUCAAUUAUAUGUACUAUUGAUCGCUAUGGCACACGGAAGCCGGGCGGAUUUGCAUGGGACAUAGUUUUACUGGGAACAACGACGGCACUAUGCGGCAUACUAGGGAUCCCCCCAGCAAACGGGCUGCUUCCUCAGGCUCCUCUUCAUUCAGAAUCAUUGAUGCAUACCGAACAAGAACGUCAUACUAUCACCGUGGAUGGUGAAGAAAGGGUUGAGACGCGUGAGAUCAGGUGUGUUUAUGAACAACGGUGGUCUGCAUUCCUUCAUGCUGGGGGUAUCAUGCUUUUCGUUAGCCCACCAUUCAUGAAAGUUCUUGGCUUGACUCCAACGAGCGUGCUUGCUGGUCUGUUUUUUUUCAUGGGUGAACAGAGUCUAUCGGUGAAUCCCAUUUUGUAUCGACUUUUCUAUCUCCUGACGCCACCUUCUGAACUUCCUCUACUCCCAGCAGCGCUCCAUAGCAAAAACUCAACAACUGAGAGACCAUCUUAUUUUCCAAUCCAUCUCUACACCAUUCUUCAAAUUUUCCUAACAGCCGUGAUAUUCAUUCUAACACUGACAAAAGCAGCCCCGGCUUUUCCGGUUCUGAUCAUUGCGUUGGUACCUUUUCGCUUACUUUUGAUGAAGCGAUGGUGGAAUCGCGAGGUUCUUCGAUUUGUCGAUGCAUGGGCAUGUCGCGAAGGUACUCCUGAAGAUGAAGAAGAUCAAAAGGCACAGAUGAAGGCUGAGGGCAGACGUGGUGAUGAAUCGAUGUUUUUUGCAGAUGCUUAUCCUAUGGAAAAUAUUCGAACUACUAGAGGCGACGGUCAUACAAGACCCUAUUCACAGGAUGGCGGACAUGACACUUCUGCAUCAAAUAAUGCACAUGAAUGGACAGAGUUGAAUUUGAAUGAGCCAUGA